AUGGAGCCCGCGGCCACCACCAGCAUCCAGGUGCUGCUCCAGGCGGCCGAGUUCCUGGAGCAUCGGGACCACCGCGACCCGCCCGGCCUGGCCGAGGCCGAGCACGGCUACGCCUCACUCUGCCCCGCCCGGUCGCCGGGCCGUGAGCAGCGUCAGGUGAGCGGCGGGAGAGUGGGUGGGUGGCGGUCGCCGGCGGCGCCGGUGCUGAUCGCCGGCGGCUCUUCCUCCCGCAGGUCGGUGCACAACGCGCUGGAGAAACACAGGAGAGCCCAGCUCCGGUGCUGCUUGGAGCGGCUGAAGCAGCAGGUGCCGGUGGCGGCGGGGCCGGCCCGUCCCACCACGCUGAGCCUCCUGCACCGUGCCCGCCUUCACAUCCAGAGGCUGGAGGAGCAGGAGCUGAGGGCACGGAGGGCCAAGGACCGGCUGCGAGACCGGCAGCGGAGCCUGCGGCGGCGGCUGGAAUGGCUGCUCCUACCCACCGACGGGGAACGGGCACGGGCUGACAGCCUAGACUCAUCCCAGCUCUCAGAGCCCUCCGAGGGAGAGGAUGCCGAGGUAGAGGUGGAUGGUGUGGUGUUCGGUGGGGACCUGCUGCACGCCUUCGGCACCGGGAGGGACCACAGCUACUCCAGCCUCCACAGCCCGGAAUCCUGACAAUGCCCACUGCCUUCCCUGCACUGCCUGCCUGCCUCCUUCCUGCUGGAAAUGCAGCCUCCUCGGCCUCAUCACAGCCAGGAUAAGGGGCCACAGGUGGGGGUGAGCACCCAGCUUGGCCCCCAGCAGCUGGGCUGCUGGGCAGCACUGGCUGUGGCACUGGGUGCACGGGGCUGGCACCGCACUGUGGCACCCACUGUGAGUGCACUGCAAAGCACUGGGAGAGGCACUGGAAGAGGGCCCAGCUGUCAUGGGGAAACCCUCACGCCUCCCCCUGUGCACCGCCAGGCAUGUGGCAGUGCUGCUCACUGCAGACAUGGCUACAGGAGGGCUGUCCCACCCCUGGAGAGACAGAAAGGGGAAACAAGUGCAUUAAGCAAUCUGCCUUCAUGCUCCCACAGGCACCCCGCUCUUUUGUACAGACCCCACACUUUUAUAGUAAAGG